AUCACCCAAGCCCCGCCCCUGCGUGCUCGCUCUGCUAGUUCACAAUAGUGGCCGGAGCGACGGAAAGAAUGGAGUAGAGGAGUAAAAUAAAGCGCUAUUAAACGAGUUUAACCUGUGAAUACAGAGCCGGACAGUUCAGUAUGAGCGGCGGGGGAGUUUGAGAGAGACGGCUGAGGGAUGUAUUAUUCAAGUAAGAGGCGGGGGGAAGAUGGAAUCGCUGCCAUCAUCGACUUCCUCCUGUCAAAUGCCAGGCUGGUGCUUGGAGUAGGCGGGGCUGCAGUGCUGGGAAUCGCCACAUUAGCUGUGAAAAAGCUGAUAGAACGUGCCGGCCGGCCUCCUGAUGAUGAGAAGCCUGCUAAGAAGAUGACUGACAGCUGGGAAGAGCUUGGUCUGGUUGGUGCCUCGCCCAAACUCCUACGGAAGGGCAUUGAGGGCGUGGUCAUGAAACAGAUCACUGCAGCAACCAAGAAAGAUUUGUCUCAGCCAGCUCCACUGCCCCAGCCCCAGAAGAAUGAGGCUGAAGCCAAUCCUCGUCGCAGGCGGAUGGACCUGUGUGUGCUGACCUUUGCAGACCGCCUGCAGCAGUAUUACCGUACGCGCGUGUGUCUGCCCGCUGAUGAGGUGUCCAGGGCUAAGCAGCGUGCUCUGGACAUCGCCACAGAGAUCCACGCCUUCCUGCACUCAAAACACGCCGACAUGCCUCUGGGAGAGAUGACUUUAGGGGGAUCGCUGCUCGAUGACCUGCAGGUGGUCAAAGCAGAUCAUGCCUGCCUUCUAAUUCCGCUGCAGCUGGAGUCUAGUCUCUGGACCCCCAUAGCAGGAGAGGACACUUUCUUGGGCCAUCCUCAGUACUGCAUGGUGCGGCGAGAAAACCUCGAGUAUUUCCCCCGUGGGCGGAGCUACUGGGACAGACACCUCCUGGGCGGGUACCUUUCAUCCCGACUUGUCGCAGAGCAGCUUGGCAAGUCCAUAAUGGAGUCAAUGAACUGGCCGUCAUUGAUUGGAACGCUGGAGUGCGAGGUCCGGCCAGUUCUCGGCUCUCCAGCGCUCAAGUUAGAAAUCCGCAGCCUGAGCGAGAACUCCAGCGACGACGAGGAGAAGCUGUUUAUCAGCGUGCUGCCGAUGGUGCGCCUGGGGGAGAUGACGUUGGCGGCGCAGCCAGAGAUCACCGGCUCCUUUGACUACGUGUGGUACCAGAGCCUGUACACCAGCGAAACGGCCCGAUUGGCCAGCCUCGACCAAUCAGGUGGAGGAUCAGAGGUCCGAAGAAAGUGCCUCAAAACGUUAAAAGCCGUGUGCCGGAACUGUCCCGCUCUCCACAGGCUCACGGGUGCACAGCUAAGCAAUGUCAUUCUACACAUGAGUGAGAAAGAAUCUGACUGGUCCGAAUCGGCUUUUGCAGAUCGGUUCCAGCAAGCCAUUACAGAGUUGAUCGGCUACUUGGAGAUGGGGGUCCUGCCCAGUUAUUUUAAGCCUGCUGUCAACUUGCUUCAGGGCUUCAGUGAGGACGACAUUGACGAGAUGGGCUUCAUGCUCUACUGUGCUGUCAGCGAGCCGGAGAUACUGCUAAUAUGAGCUUCCUGAGUACUACUAGAAUGCAUGGAACUGUAUCAUCGCUGUUGUAUUGUCCUAUUUUUAUCUGCCCUAUACAUUGUGUGGACUUUCGAUUAAGAAAAUGGGCCGACAGAAAUGGUCUGAAAUGGCUUUCACUAAAAUCUUUUAUGUUAACUAGCAUUAAACUUUCCCUUUUCUCCUGAAUACAAAAGGAGCAAUGAGAUGUUUUCCAAAGCGAUGAUAUGUUCCAUGUGUCUUGGUCAAAUUCCACUGAUCCAAAUUCCUUUCACAUUUAAUGGUAGAAUUGGUAAUGGUCAUGCAGAGUGAGUUUGGCAUGAAUCUCUUUUUUUUUUUUUCUUGAUUUGAUUUUUUUUGUUUUUGUCUCCCCAUUUAGAAUAUUAGGUUUUGCUGUGUUUCUGUCUUUAUAUCUGAAAUCUGUUUUAAACUUUAGUUUAAAUUUCAGUUAAUUCAGUCAGUGUUAAUAAUCGAAAUAAUAGGGCCAUACUACAACACAAAUAUAGCUAUUUACUAUAAAACCCAGCAGUACGUGUAUUUUUGCACCCUGACCAUCUACAUAAACAUUUUUGCAUUUAGGCCACAACCUUCUCUAAAAACUAUCUGUGUCAGUCAUUAGACAGUAAAUUUAUGUCUUGUAAUAUCAAUCUCAGUAAUGUAUCAUUUAGAAGCAUAAAGCUUUUUGACAUCCAUUAGCAUUAUUAACAAUUCUCUAGUUCAUUAAUUGUGGUGUGGUUUCAUAAAAGUCAGUGGAAUUUUUUAAAUUGCACAUAAAUGCACCCAGGAUGCUUUUAAAACAGAUACAAAUCCAAUCACUCAGACUACUUUAGGAGGUGGUCUUAUACACAUUUGAGCCACAUGUUAUAGUACUGUACAGUAUAUGCAAUUGACAACCAGAUCUCCUCCCAGUAAAACCAAAACACCAUUCAGCACAGUAAUCAGCUGGAGAUGCAUGAAACUAAUAAAUGUAAAUGCAUGUGCCUAACAUCUAGUAUCUGGAUUGUAUCAUAUGAGUCACAUGAAGUGAUCAUGUGUAUGGGGGUCAUGGGUGUUGUUCUACCACACAGACACACACAGGCUAUUAAGUGUUAAUCUCAUCAAGUGACGAAAUCAGUGGACAGAUCUCAGUCCUGAUAAAGUCCUCCUACUCUGUGCAUUUUGGAGGUUUGGAGCUGAUUAGUUCAGAAAAUAGCAGAGAACAUGCAGGACCGGGGUUUUCCAGAACCAGCUCCAAGUGUGUUACUGGCACAACAUGUUUCUGUUGAAAAGCAUAUUUAAGAAACCUUUGAUAUAGUGUUAUUAUAUUAUCAACUAUGCAGUGAGCGAGGUAAAGUACGAAUGCUAGACACUUAUUUAGCAGGUAUAUGUGAGUUCUGCAUUGCCUUAAAUUUGUAUUGUUACACAAGUGAAUAUAUACAUUACAUUGAAUUUAAUGGGAAUUUCAUUAAUGGUCUUUCAGAGUGGAUUUGGUGUGAAAUGGUUUAUUAAGCACAUUUCUAACCAUUUCUUGAAUUAAUAACUGUUGGAAAGGAGUUUUCAGAAGCAAACCUCCUCACAGCAGGUCAACAUUAUUUACUAAACUCAAACAUUUAUUUUUAUAUUCCAAAUUUCUGCAGACAUUUAAUAUUCCUCUAUCCACAGUAUAAUUGGAAUAAAUCAUAGAAGGCAUUAUCACCCACAGUGGACAGCAUAGUUUGUGGUAAUGAUCGUGAUUGGCAGCUUCUGGCUUAAAUUGUCCAUGCAAACAGGCAAGCUAGCAUUCUAGCAUUCAGUGCGGAUCAUACACCCACGUACCGUACAGGCUUGGCAUUUGGCAUGUCUGUGUAAAACAUUGUUUUCACAUGUGAAUUCUUGAAAAAUUACUGUACACAUUUGAUUGAAUACAAUCCAAAUACUAAUUGCAUGAAGUUACCAGGUGUAAAAUUUCUUACUUGAUUUAUAAUUGAGUGUUUCACACAAACCUACUCUGAAUGACUUUCUUUACCUCUUGAUAAUUUAUUUACCAUUUAUUUCUGUAGAAGUUUUGCUAAACAGUGGAAUUCCCCUUUAACCUCAUGUCAUCAGUGGCAGCAGGCAGAUUGGCCUUUGUGUGUAUGGUGUCUCUUCCUUUCUAUUCUCUUUUCCCCCAGUCUGUAAUCUGUUGGUCUAUACUGGGCUGGUUGUAGCCAUAAAUGAAGCUCUAAUUACCCAGCAGCACUUUAUGCUUAGCUUGACACAUAUAUAUUAGGGAGCUUUACUGAAUGAAUCUUCAUCUCCUCUUGGAAGCAUGUUUGACUUUAAAAAAGCAAUAAAGCGAGACUGCAGUUCAUUCUCUGAUUUUAUUUGGAUGGACUUGAUGGAUGGCUUUUUGUUUCUUGGUUUUUUGUCAAAGUAUGUUUUUUUUUUUUUUUUUUUUUUUUUUUCCCUGCAGACUACUGAGUGUAUUUCUUCUAAUGGAAAAACUGAGCGUCAUGGUAAUAGUGUUUUGGGUGGAGGGGUGGAUGUGAGUAUGUGUGAGUGUUGGACACAGUCUGUCAGAAUAUACAAAAUUUUGAUGAGGGUGUGUGAAAUUAUUUAUAAUCAAUCCUCAUCUUUGUGUAACGGUGCCUAAAUAAAGAGCUUAUUUCAGUAAGAA